AAGCGGCAAACAACGCCCAAUUGGCAGCGGAAAGGAAAACGGAAACCGGAAGCAAGAAGAAGACAGAGAACCGAGUAGGGUAGCGUCAAAAUGCCUGCUUCUAUAAAACUCAAUCAGGAUGUUCCUGAAUCAUCGCCUUCAUGGAUCUAUCUUCGCUAGGAUCCUCUUGCUGCGCCGCAGCCUCAUGAAUCAGUAUCAAAAAAGUAGUCCUGUCCAGACUAUCGGAACAUGCCGCAAGUCAAGCCUUUGGGAACAGGAGCGCGAGCAAUCGAAUCGUCUUGGAGAGGAUUACCGCAUCUACCAGCAGAACGUCGACCUAGAUGCCUUCUUCGGCGAAGAGCAGAGGUACGAGAAGGUCUCGGAUGUCUGUCUGCUGAAUGACCACUUCAUCUUGGUUAAAAUGGCGCUGCCAGAUCCUUCACCGCCUCCUUCCAAGUCCAAGAUUUCGCGUUGCUUCAAAUGUAACCGUGGCAGUCGAGUUUCCCCCAUUCCGGAAGAAACGGAUGAGAACUCUUCUACGCCGCAAUCCAGCUGCCUGCAACUCUGGUCGACACGAAAUCAGGACGCGAUGGAAAUCUUCGAUUCCAGUACCAGGUUAACUAAUACCAAUACGCCAGGCCGGAGUCCACAGCCAGCUUCCGUGAUAGUUGAGCAGCCGCAUCCUACGCUGCAGCUGGAAGCGAUCCAAUCAUUGGCCUCCGGACAGCUGCAGGUGCCGCUCACAAGUCGAGGUCCACUCCACUGGUUCCUCUGGCCCUUUCGCCGGCGCUUGGACACGAGGAGCAAGUCCAAGUCACAGCAGGUUGCCGUUCAUAAAACAUACUUCGUACGUUGGAGCAAACCGCCGGAUACACUAUGGCAUGGAUUCGGCGUGGACACGGUGGUGGAUAAGAAGUCAGAACUUCGUCGUUGCCGGUCGGCAGUUUUUUGAGCGGCUAACUACUUUGUAUAUAUUUCAUACGCUUAGUAUCUUAAGGGUCCAUUACUUGAAGAAAACUAAGGGUUUCAAUAAAGAUUUUUAAAUACCUAAUUUAU